AUGCUGGAAGUGUUUGCACUUGUCUCAUCUGCAGGUUGUUGGCAUAAAACGGGUGGUGAGGAGGCCUGUUCUGAGCAGAGUGCAUCUGUACAAGGGGAGUCACGGGUCAGGGCUUCUAAGACAGCUCCAGCAACCCAGAGGACCCAUCUCUGUGGGAGAUGUUUCUCUGUGUUUAAAGAUAUUCUGCACUUGACUGAGUCACAAGCAGUGGACUUUCAGCAGAAAUCCUUCUUCAGUGACGCAUGUGUGAGAGAUUUCUGUUUCAGUGCAAACCCUCACCAGCCACAGAGGGAAGCCAGUGGAGAGAAGCCCUGGACAGAAGCUGUGGACAGGGCCUCGUUUGUGACCAACUUAAGCUUCUCCUUAUCAGGGCUGCCUUCAACCAGUAGGGAGGUUGGGGAAGACUUCCCAGCCAUCUCAGAGCUUUUCCAGCACCAGGCCCCUCUCAACACUGAGGAACCACACAGUCAUAGUGAGAUUUCAGAGGCCUUUCUCAAUAGAAACAGGCAUCACCAAUGGGAUGAAUGUGAAAAAGCUGCCAGCCACAACCAGCACCUCCUUCAACAUCAGGGCGUCUGCUCUGGAGAAGUCAGUUAUAAGUGCAGUACAUGUGGAAAAGUGCUUUCAUGUAUCUUUAACCUCAAUAGACAUAGGAGAGGCCACACUGGAGAAAAAUCCUAUGAGUGUACUGAUUGUGGGAAACUUUUCAUUCAAAUGUCUUCCCUCACUAAACACCACAGAGUUCACACUGGAGAAAAGCCGUACAAAUGCAGUGAAUGUGGAAAAUCCUUUAGGCGCAAAAAUGACCUCUUUAUCCACAAGAGAGUUCACACUGGAGAAAAGCCUUACAAAUGCGGUGAAUGUGGAAAGUCAUUUAGCCGCAGUUCUGUCCUCUUCACCCACCAGAGAGUUCACACUGGAGAAAAGCCAUACCAAUGUAGUGAUUGUGGGAUGUCCUUCAGUCAGUACUGUAACCUCAGUAGACACUGCAAAAUUCACACUGGAGAAAAACCUUACGCGUGCCGUGAAUGUGGGAAGUCCUUCCAUCGUAGGUCUUCCCUCACUAAACACAGCAAGGUUCACACUGGACAAAAACCAUACAAGUGUAGUGAAUGCUGUAAAUCUUUUAAGGAAACUACACACCUCCUUAUGCACAAGAGAGUUCACACUGGAGAAAAGCUGCAUCGAUGUAGUGAUUGUGGGAAGUGCUUCAGUCAUAGCACUAGCUUCAUUCAACACCUCAGAGUUCACACAGGAGAAAAACCUUAUGAGUGUAGUGAUUGUGUGAAGUGCUUCAGUCAAAGCUGUAGCCUCAUUCAACACCUGAAGAGUUCACACUGGUGA